AUGUCGAAGCUCGAGAACCGCGCCGCUGACUGGGCCGACGACGAGGAGUUUGACGACCCCUCCGCACUCCCCGCGCAACAAAUUACAACCAACAAGGAUGGCACCAAGACCAUUGUCUCAUACCGCUUCAAUGACGACGGGAAAAAAGUCAAAGUCACACGCCGAAUCCGCACAACAGUAGUCAAAGAGCACGUCAACCCACAGGUCGCAGAGCGCCGAUCAUGGAGCAAAUUCGGACUCGAGAAGGGACACGCCCCAGGACCUUCAUUUGAUACCACCUCUGUUGGCGAGAACAUUGUUUUCCGUCCUAGCGUCAACUGGAAAGUGCAUGCCAAGGAGGCUGAGAAGGAAGGCGAGAAGGGAGGCGUGAAGGAUCAACUGAGGGAUAAGAAGGUCAAAUGUCGUAUUUGUCAGGGAGAGCAUUUCACAGCUCGGUGUCCCUUCAAGGAUACUAUGGCGCCUGUCGACGAGGGCUCUGGCAGUGCAGCAGCAGCUGUUGCUGCAGGUCUGGAUGUUGAGGAUGAACCUGCUGCGGGUGGAUUGAGUACGGCUGGUGGUAGUUAUGUUCCUCCUCAUCUGCGCAAAGGCGGCGCUGUUGCUGCGGCCGCUGCUGCAGGUGGCGGCGGUGGCAAGUACGAGAGAGACGAUCUUGCUACACUCAGAGUUACAAACGUCUCCGAAUUGGCCGAGGAGCAGGAACUCCGCGAUCUAUUCGAACGAUUUGGCCGUGUCACCAGAGUUUUCCUUGCACGCGACAGAGAUACACAACGGGCAAAGGGAUUUGCAUUUAUCAGUUUUGCAGACCGCAGUGAUGCAGCUCGCGCGUGUGAAAAGGUGGACGGAUUUGGAUAUCGCCAUCUCAUUUUGCGAGUGGAAUUUGCCAAGAGGACUUCAUAA